UACUUCGCAAUUUGGAUUCAGAUUUCACAAUUCAACUGAUGUUGCGACGCCUGCCGCUUCGACAUCAACAACUGGGCAUCCCCCCCCUAUCAGCGCCACCAUGUUCUAUCGAGGUUCAUUUGCUGAUGGUGUUGACGGUCGUGAAAUGGGUGCAAAGCGUCAAAGGAUAGUUGAUCAGGGAUCUUCUUAUUAUGGGACUUCUCCGGGUGCCGGGUUUAUGUAUAAUACAAGUCCUUAUGCAUAUGUUGGUCAGCCACCACCGUUUCCCGUUGUCAGACUACGGGGUCUUCCCUUCGAUUGCAUGGAAACUGAUGUUGCUGAGUUCUUUCAUGGUCUGGACAUAGUUGACAUUAUUUUCGUCCACAAGAAUGGCAAAUUCACAGGGGAAGGUUUUUGUGUUUUGGGUUAUCCUCUGCAGGUUGAUUUUGCCCUUCAAAGGAAUAGGCAAAACAUGGGCAGGAGAUAUGUUGAGAUUUUCAGGAGUAAUCGACAGGAAUACUACAAGGCGGUAGCAAAUGAAGUUUUCGAUGCCCGGGGUGGUUCGCCAAGAAGAACUGCACCCAGGUUGAAAUUAAACGAUGAGGUGAAAGACUUCACCGAACACACAGGUAUAUUACGUUUGAGAGGACUGCCAUAUUCAGCAGGCAAGGAUGACAUACUGGACUUCUUCAAAGGUUUUAUCUUAUCAGAAGACGUGAUUCAUCUAACACUGAAUUCAGAAGGAAGGCCAAGUGGGGAAGCAUUUGUCGAAUUCGCAAACGAGCAAGACUCGAAAGCAGCAAUGUCCAAGGAUAGAAUGACACUAGGUAGCCGUUACAUAGAGUUGUUCCCGUCAUCCCAAGAAGAGCUAGACGAAGCUAUCGCCAGAGGACGGUGACACCAGCUAUUCUAUUCUAUUCACUGUGUUUUCUUCAAUUACUACGUUGUUUUGGUUUGGUUUUGGAGUAAUGAGGUUUAUGGAGGAGUUAGAAGUGAAUAGGAGCCAAGUUUGGUUGUGUUCUUAUGGUGACCAUACAUUCUCUCUACUUUCCAGGACCAUUGUUAGCCAGACGAGCAGGUCGCACGCAUCGCUCGGUCUGCAUAAAUUUGUGAAAAGAAUUUGGUUAGAAGGGUUCUCUAUAUGUAUUAACCAUUCCUCUGGGUAGACGCUGUAGUUGGUGGCUUAUAAUCUCCAUCAUAUUUCUGUGUUUAAAUUAAAGUUGAAGGGUCGAGUGAGAAA